GGUUUGAUUACAAAUGAACUCUUGCAAUCUGUAGAUCACUAUUGCUUAUAACCCAUUUUGGAAGAGAAAGCAGGAAUGAAAAUUAUUUCGAAUAGAAGCAACUCUGGAAAAUUCAGUGCAAGAAUCAGUUCUUCCCUCAGUCAAAGCUCUGAGACUUUAUGGGCCAAAAUUUGAAGCAAGACUUGGAGAAUUUCUUUGUAUUUCGAGAAUUAUUUCUUGACAAUUUUUCCAAGUUCAAGUUUUCGAUUUAUAUGAAAGAGGGCAAUGAGAGACAAAAAAGGUUAUCUUUGACAUCUUUGAUAAAUAAUAUUUAAGUUAGGAUACGCAAAGUUUUGGAGUUAUAAUGACAAGUAUUGGAAGUUCUUCUCCGAAAUAUUAUCUUAAUUCAUGGAAUAUUCAGAAGCAUUCAUAUAAUUUCUUAAUAUUUAGUGUUAACCGAUUAGAAGAUUAAUAAGUGUUCAGGGCUCUUUCAUUGCUUGGAAAACUGAAAGCGCAAUAAAUGGUGUUUAAUUCCAAAAACUUUUAAGGUCAAUUAGUUUUUGUAAACUUUUACUAAUUUAUAA